AUGGCAGGGCAGUUGCGGACAACAGUUGUCCCGAGAUUGAUUGUGCUGCUGUUUGUUGUGCAUCGUCUCACAGCAUCAGCUUUUAAUGGGACACAUGAUAAGGUAGAGAUCACAACCACCGUCCCCACUACGCCGGCCACAGUCUGGAGGAGACCUCCGAUCGCGUACGACAGAGAUCUGGUGAUUGAACUCAUCGAGGCCUCAGAUUAUCCGAUCGAAAAGCAUGUCCUCACCACAUCCGAUGGGUACAUCUUGAAGCUGCACCGCAUACCGGAUCCCGUGCAGUUCGCAAGUGCCGAACAGGGCCGAACCAACGCAUCCUCCCCCGAUCCGGACGAACUUUUACGCUUCACCCCAGCGAAAACGUUCCGCGGAACGGUUCUACUCGUGCCGGGCCUCUUCUCAACUGCAGCCGAUUUCGUUGUAACGGGUCCGGACAAUGGAUUGGCGUUUGUGCUGGCCGAUGCCGGGUACGAUGUGUGGCUGGCCAAUGUGCGUGGUUCACGGUUUUCAAGGAAAAAUGUUAAAAUAAGCGUGGCGGACCCUGAGUUUUGGGAUUUCAGCUUCCACGAAAUCGGCACAAUCGAUCUGGCGGCCAUUAUCGACUACAUUCUAAGGGAAACGAAUGCAAAGAAAAUAUUCUACGUAGGCCACAACCAGGGCAUGACGGAUCUGUUCGUGCUGCUGUCCGCCAAACCACGCUACAACCGUAAGAUCCAUCACGCGGUAGGGCUAGCCUCGAUUGCAUACCUCGGCACGACGGAAAACCGUGUCGUACGGCGUGCUGCCGACCUGACGGACAAACUGUACGCCACCUUGCGUGCCCUCAACAUCCACGAGCUCAAACCAUCGCCCGAUAUUGUGCGUCUCCUCUCCGGAACCGUGUGUGCUAGCGAUAUGAACGAGCUGUGUGCGGAAAUGUUACGAGGAUUUCUCGGCACCACCGUAGAUCGAUCGCGCAAUCUGCUACCGAACAUUGUGGAUGAUCUUCUGACGAGCGUAUCGACACGGCAGCUUAUCCAUUUCGGGCAACUGAUGCAAACCAAGAAAUUUCAACAGUUUGAUUAUCGCAACUACAUGAUCAACACGCAAAAGUAUGGUCAAGCUAAGCCACCGGAGUAUAACCUAUCGCGUGUUCUGCUUCCUGUGUCGUUGUUUCAUGGAACGAAUGAUUUUAUCACAUCCAAAAAGGAUGCUCUUCGGUUGAAGGACGAGCUAAGAAAUGUGAAAAACUUCAUAGAAAUUCCCGACAUGAACCACAUCGGCUUUGUAUACUCGGACCGGCUGUACGGACUCGUCAACCGGAAGAUAAUCGACAUCUUCAAUCAACACCCAACACAAGCUUAG